CACCAACGGUCCGUGUAGAACUGCUUCCUGCUGCUCUGUUUAAAUUACAUUUCACCAUGCAGCUACGCGUGGGCCUUUUUUUCUUAGGGUUUGGUAGGAAUGAUAAAUUCCCAUGGAACAAUGACUUUUCCCAGAAGUCUCUUGAGUACUCUUUACCUUGGGGUGGAGUUGACGGGUGACGUUUGUUGUCAAUUUUUUCAACUGUGACAAAUUAUUGUGAAGACUAUAGCAAAACACAGCAAUGGCUACCGAUAAGGUAACAUUGGCUGAUGCUUUAUCAAAUGUUGAUGUACUCGACGAAUUUACCCUGCCUGAUGAGCAGCCUUGCAUUGAAGCCCAACCGUGCUCCGUUGUUUAUCAAGCUAAUUUUGAUACAAAUUUUGAAGAUAGAAAUGGGUUUGUCACUGGUAUUGCCAAGUACAUUGAAGAGGCAACUGUACACGCUAGUUUGAACGAACUACUCGAAGAAGGUCUAGAGCAUGCGGUAAUGUUAUAUACCUGGAGAUGUUGUUCUCGAGCAAUUCCUCAACCAAAAUCCAAUGAGCAACCAAAUCGUGUUGAAAUAUAUGAGAAAACAGUUGAGGUCUUAGCACCUGAAGUGAACAAGUUGCUGAACUUUAUGUAUUUUCAAAGAAAAGCUAUUGAAAGGUUUUCUGCUGAAGUUAAGCGCUUGUGUCACCAUGAGAAGCGAAAGGAUUUUGUCUCUGAAGCAUACCUACUAACUCUUGGAAAAUUCAUUAAUAUGUUUGCUGUUCUCGAUGAAUUAAAAAAUAUGAAAUCGAGUGUUAAGAAUGAUUAUUCAACGUACAGAAGAGCUGCUCAGUUUUUGAAAGUAAUGACUGAUUCGCAAACUCUUCAAGAGUCUCAGAAUUUGUCAUUGUUUCUGGCAACGCAAAAUAAAAUUCGUGACACCGUAAAAGAAAAUCUAGAGAAAAUUGCUGGGUAUGAAGAGCUUCUAGCAGAUGUAGUUAAUAUUUGUGUACACAUGUUCGAAACGAAGAUGUAUUUAACACCAAAUGAAAAGCACAUGCUUGUUAAGGUCAUGGGCUUUGGGUUAUUUUUGAUGGACAGUGACUUGUGUAACAUUAAUAAGUUGGAUCAAAAAAAGAAGUUGAAACUAGACAGGAUUGACAGAAUAUUUAAAAACUUGGAGGUCGUACCACUGUUUGGAGAUAUGCAAAUUGCUCCCUUCAAUUACAUCAAACGGUCGAAGCACUUCGACUCUUCAAAAUGGCCACUUUCAUCUUCUUCUAACAGUAUGAGUCCACAAGCAGAUCUUAUGGUACACCUUCCUCAAAUCAGAGAAGAUCACGUCAAAUACAUCAGCGAAUUGGCAAGGUACAGUAAUGAAGUAACAACAACGUAUAAGGAGUGUGGAAGUGAUGGGGAAAAUAGAGAAACAGCUGAAUUGGCAUUGCGAGGAUUACAACUGUUAUCGCAGUGGACCAGCGUUGUUACAGAACUGUAUAGCUGGAAAUUACUUCAUCCUACGGACCAUCACAUGAAUAAAGAAUGUCCGCAAGAAGCUGAAGAGUAUGAACGGGCAACCCGAUACAAUUACACAGAUGAAGAAAAGUUUGCUCUGAUUGAAGUUAUAGCUAUGAUCAAGGGCCUGCAAGUUCUGAUGGCUCGCAUGGAAACUGUCUUUAUCGAUGCUAUACGCAGAAACAUUUACGCUGAACUACAGGACUUUGUACAAUUGAUUUUAAGAGAACCACUCAGAAAGGCUACCAAGAAUAAAAAAGAUUUGAUUCGAAGUAUAAUUGUAUCGGUCCGAGAGACUUGUGCAGAUUGGCAAAAAGGCGUUGAACCUGUAGCUGACCCAGCUUUAAAGGGCAAAAAAGAUCCAGACAAUGGUUUUGUCAUUAAAGUUCCAAGAAGAAAUGUUGGUCCAUCAUCGACUCAAUUGUACAUGGUACGUACGAUGUUGGAGUCACUAAUUGCAGAUAAGAGCGGAGGUAAGAGAACGCUGAGAAAGGAUAUAGAUGGGCAAUAUCUCGUGCAGAUUGAUCAAUUUCAUAAAACAAGUUUUUACUGGAAUUACUUGCUUAGUUUUAGCGAGUCAUUGCAGAACUGCUGUGAUCUAUCACAACUCUGGUACCGUGAAUUCUAUCUUGAGAUGACCAUGGGCCGGAGGAUUCAGAAAUGCCAAGUGCGUCAUCAGCAUAAUGAAGAAUGCAGCGACUUGAUCACCAUGGAGAAACGCAUUCAGUUCCCGAUUGAAAUGUCGAUGCCAUGGAUCCUGACUGACCAUAUUCUUAGAAGCAAAGAACCUUCAAUGAUGGAAUUCGUAUUGUACCCUUUGGAUCUGUACAACGACAGUGCAUUAUACGCGUUAACAAUAUUUCGAAAGCAAUUCCUUUAUGAUGAAGUUGAGGCAGAAGUAAACCUAUGCUUUGACCAAUUCGUCUACAAGCUAAGUGAACAAAUUUUCGCUCAUUACAAGCAAUUGGCAGCCAGCAUUUUGCUUGAUAAGAGAUUUCGCGUUGAAUGCGUUGCUCUUGGGGCUUACUUACUGCCAUAUCCUCGAGCAAACAGAUAUGAAACAUUAUUAAAACAACGGCAUGUACAACUGUUAGGAAGAAGCAUUGAUCUCAAUAAGUUGAUCACACAACGAAUCAAUGCUGACAUGCAAAAAUCUUUGGAUUUGGCUGUUAGCAAAUUCGAAUCUGGUGAUAUUACAGGUGUUGUGGAAUUAGAAGGUUUGCUACAAGUCAACCGCCUCACUCAUAAACUUUUGAGCAAAUGGUUGGCAUUGGAUGAAUAUGAUGCAAUGUUCAGAGAAGCUAAUCACAACGUUCUUGCCCCAUAUGGUAGAAUUACUCUUCACGUAUUUUGGGAGCUAAAUUAUGACUUCUUGCCAAAUUACUGUUACAAUGCUGCCACAAAUAGAUUUGUCAAAUGUCGAGGUCUUCAAUUUGCACAACCGGUGCACAGAGAUAAGCCACCUAUGAUGUCUUACCAUUAUUUAUGGGGCAGUAAACAAUUAAAUCUUGCAUAUAGCACUCAGUAUGGUCAAUACACAGGCUUUGUUGGCUCAUACCACUUCCGUACAAUGUGCAAACUUCUUGGAUAUCAAGGGAUUGCUGUAGUCAUGGAAGAAUUAUUAAAAAUAGUGAAAUCUCUCAUCCAAGGAAACCUCCUGCAGUUUACUAAGACCCUAAUGGAAGCAAUGCCAAAAGUGUGUAAACUCCCAAGAUAUGAUUACGGAUCUCCAGGUGUUUUAGGCUACUACCAUGCCCAGUUGAACGACAUUGUUCAGUAUCCUGAUGCAAAGACUGAACUGUUUCACAACUUCCGCGAAUUCGGCAACACUAUAUUAUUCUGUCUAUUAAUGGAGCAAGCUUUGUCACAAGAAGAAGUUUGCGACUUGCUCCAUGCAGCACCAUUUCAGAACAUAUUACCUCGCCCUUAUUGCAAAGAUGGUGAAAAACCAGAAACUAAACAAAAACGUUUGGAAGCAAAGUAUGCAGCUUUACAAAUUGUCCCUAACGUUGAAGAGCUUGGAACUGCUAAGCAAGCGAUGAUUGCGAAAGAAGGGGAUUUACUAACAAGGGAGCGACUUUGCUGCGGUUUGUCAAUUUUUGAGGUGGUUCUUAGUCGACUACGCAGCUUUCUGGAUGAUCCUAUUUGGGUAGGACCUCCACCUGCAAACGGAGUGAUGAAUGUAGAUGAAUGUACUGAAUUCCACAGACUUUGGAGUGCCUUACAGUUUGUGUACUGCAUUCCAGUUGGAGAAACAGAAUUUACAGUGGAGGAACUCUUCGGGGAAGGUUUACACUGGGCUGGAUGUGCUAUGAUAAUCCUUCUAGGUCAACAAAGGAGAUUUGAAGCUUUAGAUUUCUGCUACCAUAUUCUACGAGUUCAACGUGUCGACGGGAAAGAUGAAAAUGUCAAGGGCAUUCACUUGAAGAGAAUGGUGGAUCGCAUCAGACGGUUUCAAGUAUUGAACUCUCAAAUUUUCGCAGUGCUAAAUAAGUACCUUAAGAGUGGUGACAGUGACGCAACUAGUGUAGAACAUGUCCGAUGCUUUCCACCACCGAUACAUCCAUCCCUUGCACAUACCCAGCAACAUUAUCAUGCCCCGGAAUAUUUACGCCAGAUGAAUCACCAGUAAUAUACCGUCUGAAUGAUAUAAGAAAAUCAUCCACAAAAAUCUACUUUUAUCUAGAUGUGGUAUUAUUAUAUAACUAAUAUAAAAUAUUUUAAUUUAGUAUUACUGGUUUAGAAAAUGAAUUCCAUUAGCUAAACUAUCAUCAACCACAGUUGAUGCACAAAGAAAAAAUUGCAAAGAUUAUGUAGCUCGUCAAAUAGCAGAUUAUUACGCUGUGCCGUUAUAAUUUAAGAUGAAUAAUUUAACCCACCAUACGGACCACCACAAAGCAAUUGAGUUAUCAUAUAGCGACCAAUAAAUGUAGCAGAUGUAUAAGUCUCUAGAUAUAUGGAAUAUUUGAUUAACAUAAAACAGUUUGCGUCAGUUUACUCAGCACAGAAUCAAGAAACCUCGAAAGCUGCAGCUUACUUCAAUUUAUUCCGCAUGACUGCGUAUGAGUACCCUAAAUCUGAGUUGCAAGAUUUAAUCGUAAUGUUAGAAAAAUAUCUUUAAAAUAUAAUAAAAAUUACUGUUGGAAAAUCUAGCUAAAUUAGCAUAUUAAACUAUUAUAUAAAUCCAAAAACAAAUUGGUACAUUGAUUAUGGCUGAUUUACUUGAUGUUGCAAAUACUUAGAUGUUGAUUGUCACUAAUUCAAUGUCUCGAAAAGACCGGUAAAAUAUCGAGUUCCGAAUAUGUUGCAUUAAAAUAAUCGUAUGAAGGAUGUUUUCGAUAUCCUGUCAUUUAUAUUUAUUUAUAUUAUGGUUUAUACACGUUCAACUUUGCAUUUGAGUUUUUGUACAUUGAGUCGUUCAUUUUCAGUCUACAAAUCAGUACAUAUUUUUUCAUUAAUUUAUGUUCUGAAUUCAUAUUGUACAAGAUUUGUGAAAAUAUUACAGACGACUUUGAUGCUAUCUGAGCUGACAAUUAAAGAAAAUAAUUGAUGUUAAUUACGUAAUUGAGUUUUAAAUAUUUUUAUAAAAUAGAAAUUUCCAAUAAUUAGGAUAUCAGAAAUUUUUAAUAAAAGAAGUAGCCCAUUAUAUUGAAAACGAUAGUAGCUUGGCAAACAUUUUUACAAUAUUAUAAACGUAUACACAAGUACAUAAUAAAAUGAUCAUAAGAAUAUAUUUUGACUACUUUUCAUUUAAGAGAUAUGUGAAGGAAAAAUCAUUGAAUACCUUUUCUCGAAACUCCGUUGAUAUUAACAGAUUCAA